CACGGUAGGCUAUCGUGCAUUGUAGUAGGCUUAGCAUGUUAUUGCGCCAACGCUCUUGGAUUAUUUUACCCUGGACUGCGAAAGAGAUUGUCAUCAAAAAUGCAGACUAGCCGGCUGGCUGAAUGAACGCAGGAUCAUGGUAAAGGAGUCCCGUUGUUGACUGGCGUGGGGGAGGCUUCACCAUGUCCUGGGGUGGGUGUCAUGAAGACAGGAUGUGAUGUCGCGUGGGGGGGUGGCAGAGAAUGGCCACAGCCAUGGGGGGAAACCUGUCCAAAUAUGCCCCCAUCUUCCUCGUCCUCGCACUGUCAGGAAUCCUCUUCCUCCUGCGGAACAUGCAUACACUGGAGAGGUGGAACUGCCAGUCGAUGUCCUCUCUCUACCAGCUCCAAAGCAGCAUCAGUUCGGCCUUCAAGCCCUCUGGAGCCUUCUUGCUCCUGGACCACAACCACACUUACUGCCCCUUCCUGGGCCAGGAGCCAUCCAGCGAGGAGGCCCGUGAGGAGCGCUACCUCCUGGAGUCCAUCUCUUGGCCAGAGCCACCCACGCCGGGCACGCCGCCGCUCCGCUUCAGCAGCGACCCGGCCCGCAGCUUCUUCGUGAUCCAGCCGCCCGCCAGUGGCAGAGGGGCCUCGGGCCAGUCGGUGUGGCGCGUGGGUGGCAAGCUGGAAGUGCUGGUCCACAUGCAGAACUUCCUGGGCCAGCCCAAGAGGCAUGGCGGCGACUUCCUGCUGGCGCGCAUCUACUCUCCCGAGCUGGGUGCGGGCGCCUCGGGCCGCGUCACCGACCACCAGGACGGCCUGUACACCGUGGAGCUGCCGCUGCUGUGGCUGGGCCCCGCGCAGGUGGAGGUGAUGCUGGUGCACUCGAGCGAGGUGGUGGCCGUGCUGCGACGCCUGCGCGAGGAGCAGCCCGACCGCGUUUACUUCAAGAGCCUCUUCCGCUCAGGCUUCCUGUCCGAGACCACCGUCUGCAACCUGUGCCUGCGCACUAGACCGCGCCAGCCGGCGCUCUGCAACUACACGGACCCGCACUCCGGCGAGCCCUGGUACUGCUACAAGCCCCGGCUCCUGGAUUGUGACACGCGCAUCAAUCACGCCAAAGGAGGCUACAAGAAGCACCUGCUCACCACCACAGAGUCCAUGUUGUUCUUGAGCUCUACUAUUAAAGCUCCCAUUCAAGCCCUCGGGAUGGACAACAUAACAAUCUCACCCGCUGUCAGAGAACUGUCAUUGAUUCGACGAGACAGGUCAAAGUUAAUGCCAUCUGGGUAUUACUACCAAGGCUCUUGGAGGCCUUUAUCUGGAAUUCCCAUACAGCAGUUCAAUGAUUCCUCCGCCAUUACUCAGUGUCUGCGUGGAAAACUCUUUUACAUGUUUGGAGACUCCACUGUUCGACAGUGGUUUGAGUACCUCAAUGCCUUCGUUCCAGAACUGAAAGAGUUCAACCUCUACAGCCCAAAGAACGUGGGGCCCUUCAUGGCUGUGGACAGCGUCCACAACAUCCUGCUGCAGUACCGCUGCCACGGCCCGCCCAUCCGGUUCUCCACUGUCUCCGCCAGCGAGCUGCGCUACGUGGCCAAUGAGCUGGACGGCCUGCCCGGCGGGCCCGACACAGUGGUGGCGCUGAGCGUCUGGUCCCACUUCAGCACGUUCCCCGUGGAGGUGUACAUGCGGCGUCUGCGUCACAUCCGCCGCGCUGUGGCUCGCCUGCUGGACCGGGCACCGGGCACGCUGGUGGUGAUCCGCUCGGCCAACCCGCAGAAGCUGGACGCGGAGGUGUGCCUGUACAACAGCGACUGGUUCUCCGUGCAGCUGGACGCGGUUCUGAGGGCCAUGUUCCGUGGCCUGCGUGGGGUGGUGCUGCUGGACGCCUGGGACAUGACGCUGGCACACCCCACGCAGCCCCACCUGCUGCACCCACCACCGGACAUUGUCAAGAAUAUGAUCGACCUCAUCCUCUCCCACGUGUGCCCAGCCAAAAAGGAGAGGAUGAGGACAUAGCCAGCAGAGGGAUCUGGAAGGGGAAGGGGAGAGAUGUGUAUCAAAUGCAAGUAGUUCAGUGGGGCCAAACAUGAUUUUUUGUUUUUUCAUGAGGAUCUACAUCUUUUAUACAGGAUUUCCUUGAGUGUCCUUUUCCUCCCAGUCGGAGAAGAGUGAGCGCUGCUGCACUUUCCUGCCCAGAGGCACCAGCCCAAACGUGAACAUGAUUUGAGUGAGAACUCGGUUCUUUGUCUGAGUAGUUCCCACCUCCUUUUAACAGCAAUUCGCUCACAGUCUGUUUGAAUUUAUGGAGCAAGAUGGAAUUUGGGGGGAAAUGAGAGAAAAGAUGAGCAGUAUGAUAAGGAAUACAGCGUAGACAUUUUCAAAUGGCCAAAUUGUGUGUUAUCUACUGUCUGAUCCAUCUCUGUCGUCCUUCUCUUUGUUGCUUGCCUGCCCUCUAUCUGUCCUCUCCUCUCUUUUGUAGUCUGAGUUUCAUCCUCAACUUCCUGUCGUCCAAAAGUUCUAUCCAGAUAUCUCUAGUAGUUGUUGCAUUAACACUGGUAGAAAUCAGUUCAACACGCAAAAGACAGGACCACACUUUAAAACUGCAGUCCUGCUGUGUCUUGCUGCAGAUGACCUGGUCAGGGACUAUUAUUCAUCUUUCUGCUUCAUCAUAUAACUGAUGGUGUGUAAAGUUGUGACAUACCUCAAAUGUUAAAAGGUGUAAUAUGUAGAGGAUGGUGCCGCUGGUAGGCUGUUAGACUCAAAACUAUGUUGCAUUGUAUUUUGCACAAGUUGUUGGCUUUAAGGUAAUAAUCAAGAAGACAGACAAUGCCUAAAUGAACAUUGUAAAGCAAUGACAUGAUGCAUCAUGCAUAUUAUACAGGACACAGGCAUAUAGAUAUUCUGGACAUAGCACAUGCCAAACUGAAUUAGUCUCAACCAGUGUAAUCUGCACAACUCAUUGUAGUGUUUGCUUAUAAUACCGGUGGUCCACUGUUAUGCUUUUAUCAUGUAACCAUUUGGCUACUUGGAAAUGUAGCUGCUUACUGUAUACUCUUUGCCACUGUGUCAUUUGUUUUAUGGAAAAGCCAUUACAAUAAGGGCCAUUACCAAGCAUCACUGGAAAACCAGUUUGACUACACAUUUUUAUUUUGCCUAAACAAAUGGAGUCAAACAUUCAAAUUGGGGUGCCAGCUAAGUUCAAAUGUAAAAGACUGCUUAUUUUCACUGAACUUUUCUGUGUGCAUACUUCCUUGAUGGCCAAUGUGAAACUUGCUUAAAAUAAACUAUUAUGCAUCCUGA